UGGUGUUUUCCGUUAUACAAAAUUCUAAUAUCUUCAUUCGAGAUAUUAAGUGUCAAUAUCAAAAUCAAACCCAUAAACAAAUAAGUCCACAAUUAUCUUUAAAAUAACAGCUGGGUUUUUUUUUCCAUUUUUUCUUUUGUUUAUUAGUGGGAGUUUGAAUGAUGGAAGAAGUUUCAUACCCUUUUUCUUCUUCUCGUGGGGUCUGUUUGUUUUUUCACUGUUAAAUGACAGCCUAAUCACCAGCCUGGAAAGGGUUGUUAUAGCUAUUGUUCUCCACUAAAAAAGCUCUAAACUUGAUGUGCUUUCAUGGCUGCACUCAUUCAAUGUCAACUGGGUUUUGAUCUUUGACUCGAACCCAAUUAACACUUCCUUACCAGGUUCUGUCCAUUCUCUCUUUCUUGUUGAGGUAAGGGUAUAUUUUCAGCAAAGCUUGUGUCUUUGUAUUCUUUUGCAUUUUUUCAGAUUGCUGUAGUUUAGCUUGCAUUGGGUUUUAUGCAGAUAUACGAUUGGUUGGAAAUUUUUUUUUAUAGAUCUGCGGUUUAUGAGGAUAUAGGUUUUUGGGUGUGAGUGAUUGGGGAACUGGUUUUCUACCAUUUGUUUUUUCCCCUUUUGAGGUCUUUUUGGUACAAAUUUGGAGUUCCAUUAACUUUUCUGGGAUUCUGGUUGUUUUGGGAUUUAGUCAUUUAGUAGGUAGGCAGUGCCACAUAGGGAGUUUGGGGGAUUUGGGAAAUGUUGAAGAUGAAACUGUUUAGUUGGUUACCCAUAGUUGUUGCUCUUCUACUAUUUGAGCUUAUUGGUUAUUCAUUUGCUGCAUUUACUCCUUCUGAUAACUACUUAAUUGCUUGUGGUUCUUCCAAAGAUGUUAUCUUUCAAGGUAGAACUUUUGUUCCUGAUUUAGGACAUUCUUCCCUCUCAUUAAAAAGUGUAAAUUCUGUUCCUGCUGUAGCCAAUUCUAGUUUCCCAUCUCCUCUAUAUCAAUCUGCUCGAGUCUUCUCUAGCAUAGCUUCUUAUAAAUUUGAAAUUAAGCAAGAAGGCAGGCAUUGGAUCCGCCUCUAUUUUUACCCUGUUCCAAACUCAGAUCAAAACUUGACAUCUGCUUCAAUUACUGUAGUCACGGAUGAUUUUGUGCUCCUGAAUAAUUUCACGUUCAAGAACUAUAAAGGUUCUUAUAUGUUCAAGGAGUAUGCAGUCAAUGUGACAUCUGAUACAUUGACUCUUUACUUCAUUCCUUCAAACAAUUCCGUCACUUUUGUUAAUGCAAUUGAAGUUGUUUCUAUCCCUGAUGGAAUCUUCCCUGAUCAAGCAUUUACCGUGAAUCCACGUGGUCCUUUUGGUGGUCUUUCUGGACUUGCUUUUGAAACUGUUUAUCGGUUAAACAUGGGGGGUCCUUUGGUCACAGCGCAAAAUGAUACACUUGGAAGAAUUUGGGAGAAUGAUGCCAAAUAUCUCCAUGUGAACGGCUCUGCUGUGAAUGUUUCAGCUAGCCCUGCAUCCAUAAAGUAUCCAGCUUCUGUCACACCUGAAACGGCACCAAAUGUGGUUUAUGCCACUGCUGAAGCCAUGGGAAAUGCAAAUGUUCCCAACAUGAACUUCAACAUAACUUGGGAAUUUUCUGUCAAUCCGAACUUCUCUUAUUUUGUUCGGGUGCAUUUCUGUGAUAUUGUUAGCAAAGCUCUAAACAAUCUUGUGUUCAAUCUCUACAUAAAUGAUGAUAGUGCCCUUGAGAGUUUUGACCUCUCAUCUUUUACCAAUGAUCUAAGUGUACCCUAUUAUAGAGACUUUAUCUCUAACUCGUCUCUGGAAUCAGAUACUUUGACUGUCAGUGUUGGCCCAGAUGUGCAAUCAGACUUCCCGAAUGCAACUAUGAAUGGGUUGGAAAUUAUAAAGAUUAACAAUGAAGCUAAAAGCUUGGAUGGGCUUUCUUCUGUUGAGAGCCUUCUUCCUGAAUCACCCUCAAAGAAAAACAAGGCAGCGAUUAUUAUCGGUUCAGUUGUUGGAGCUGUAGCAGCAUUUGCUUUAAUUGGGUUCUGCUGCUGUUUCUUGGUGACGCGCAAGUCGAAGACAACUCACCAAGGCCACCCCUGGUUGCCUUUGCCUUUAUAUGGAAAUUCUCAAACCAUGACAAAAAUGUCCACAACUUCUCAAAAGAGUGGAACAGCCAGCUGCAUCUCAUUGGCUUCCUCCAAUCUUGGUAGAUUUUUCACAUUCCAAGAAAUUCUUGAUGCAACCAACAAGUUUGAUGAGAACCUCCUUCUUGGGGUUGGUGGCUUUGGAAGGGUCUACAAGGGAACCCUUGAAGAUGGGACCAAAGUAGCUGUAAAAAGAGGAAACCCCAGAUCAGAACAAGGUCUUGCUGAAUUCCGAACUGAGAUUGAAAUGCUAUCGAAGCUUCGUCAUCGCCACCUUGUCUCUCUUAUUGGUUAUUGUGAUGAACGAUCAGAAAUGAUUCUUGUUUAUGAAUAUAUGGCUAAUGGACCUCUAAGGAGCCAUCUGUAUGGAACAGAUCUACCACCAUUAUCAUGGAAGCAACGGCUUGAAAUAUGUAUUGGUGCUGCUAGGGGCCUCCAUUAUCUUCACACGGGUGCUGCUCAGAGCAUUAUUCAUCGAGAUGUCAAGACAACGAACAUUCUUUUGGAUGAGAAUUUUGUAGCCAAAGUUGCGGAUUUUGGCCUCUCAAAAACUGGCCCAGCUCUUGAUCAGACCCAUGUGAGUACUGCUGUUAAGGGUAGCUUUGGUUACCUUGAUCCUGAAUACUUCCGAAGGCAACAGCUAACAGAGAAAUCAGAUGUAUAUUCAUUUGGGGUAGUUCUAAUGGAAGUUCUCUGUACUAGACCAGCUUUGAAUCCUGUUCUUCCAAGGGAGCAAGUUAAUAUAGCAGAGUGGGCAAUGACUUGGCAAAAGAAGGGUAUGUUGGACCAAAUCAUGGACUCCAAUUUGGUGGGAAAGGUGAAUCCAGCUUCCCUGAAAAAGUUUGGGGAGACAGCUGAGAAAUGCUUGGCUGAGCAUGGAGUUGAUAGGCCAUCAAUGGGGGAUGUCUUGUGGAAUCUUGAAUAUGCUCUGCAGCUUGAGGAGACCUCAUCUGCGCUUUUGGAACCUGAAGAUAACAGCACAAACCACAUUCCAGGGAUUCCAUUAACACCACUUGAACCAUUUGAUAACAGUGUAAGCAUAAUUGAUGGAGGGAACUCUGGAACAGAUGAUGAUGCUGAAGAUGCUGCUACAAGUGCUGUAUUUUCACAACUAGUAAAUCCUCGUGGAAGAUAGAAAGUAAAGAAUUCAACCAUUUUCGGUCAACAGAAAUUCUAUUGACUUAUGACCAUCUGGUCCUGGUGUAGAGAGCUCUUAGAAAAAUGCCAAGGGAAUGAAUUAAGGUUAUUUCUCGUUACAUUAUUCUGUUCUUUUAUUUUCACAUUUUCCUCCACAGUAUAUUUAAUUUGUAAUAUAGUUCAAUGAUGGAGGUUAAUUUCUCUAUCAGAAGUUGCAUGUAAGGCACCAUAUGAUUCUUCGAUUGUCUUUAUUUUACAUUCAUCUGGGUCUCAGCUGCCCACGUCAUUUUUUACACGGUUACCAGGUAUUCAAUGUACUGGGCUUAUGAUCUUUUUUUCACUGAAUGAAAAUAGAAAUAAGGCAUAGCUUAUUGGAGUGUCU